AUUUUCGUUAUUUUGCUCAUAAAAGUCAUAUUAAUCUAGGAGAGGCGCGAUGGAGAAAGAAUUUCAAGGGGAGGAAGAAUUUGCAGCAAUGAGUUUUUAUCAACUGGAGGAUGUCUUGUUCGGAUUGGAGAUUGGGCCCGAGGGUGACUGUGUCCAGGCCCUAAGCCGCUGUGAGUAUAAAGGGACUGAAGCCCUUACCAUGGACGAAGAGUAUCACCUCAUGAGGAAACAAGUCGAGGAGACUGAGGGCUUCGACAUGGAUUUCACUCAGUUUCGCUACGGUUUUAAUUACAAACCAGUUGAUUUCGGUGAUAACAAGUUGGUUCCUGACGGAGAAACCAUGAGAGGUUUAUUGGACAGGCUCUCUCGUAAAUCCCUGGAGCUAUACAAUGACGGCAAGGCAACAUCAUAUGAAUUUUUGGAGGUUAGCAAAGCCAAUUAUCACAUGGCUGGUGCUGGCGUUAUGUAUUUCAUUACCUUUCUAGCUAAACAAGAUUCUUCUGAUGACCCAAAAACAUUCCAAGCUAAGGUCCACUAUUCCUGCAUUGACGACAACAAGUACCUCACUUGCGAAGAAAAAUGUUCACUCCAUUGAAACUACGGACAAAGAAGAUACCAAGAAACCAAGUUUGCAGUGAUGUUGCCUACUUGGAUUCGUCCCAACAGCCUCGAUCACAUUUGAGUCUACCAGGAUCUACGCCUUGGAUAACCACGUUGUUUUAGUUUACAAUUGGCGGUUGUAAGUGUCAAUGAUGGUCUGGUAUCUGGACAAGAGAUUCGACUGUCAAGACGAAAACAAAGCUUGUAUAUUACUUCUGUAUCUUGAUGUUGAAGAAACUGUGUAUGGCUACUUCUCUAUAUGAAAUAAAAGUGUUCCUU